AUGGACAAUCUCACAGAAGUAACAGAAUUCCUGCUCACAGGGUUUUCUGAUAUUUGGGAGCUCCAGAUACUGCAUGCUGGACUCUUUCUGUUGAUUUACCUGGCAGCACUGGUGGGGAACCUUCUCAUCAUGAUGGUCAUUACUCUAGAUCAGUGUCUUCACACACCCAUGUACUUCUUCUUGAAGAACCUCUCCUUUUUAGAUUUGUGCUAUAUCUCAGUUACUAUGCCUAAGUCCAUUCACAGCUCCCUGAUGCACAACAACUCCAUCUCUUAUCUUGGCUGUGUGGCCCAAGUCUAUUUUUUCUUUGCUUUUGCAUCUGCUGAGUUAGCUUUCCUCACUGUCAUGUCCUAUGACCGCUAUGUUGCCAUUUGCCAUCCUCUUCAAUAUGGAGCCAUGAUGACAUCAGAAAAAUGCCACCAAAUGGCAGCCAUAGCCUGGCUAAUUUGUUUUUUCUAUGCUGCAAUCCACACUGGCAACAUAUUUUGGGAGCCCAUUUCAAGAUCUAACAGGAUCCACCAAUUUUUCUGUGACAUCCCUCACAUGCUGGCCCUGGUUUCCUGUGAAGUUUUCUUUGUUGAGUUUGUGACUCUGGCUCUGAGCUCAUGCUUGGUCAUGGGAUGCUCUAUUCUUAUGAUUUUUUCAUAUUACCAGAUCUUCUCAGCAGUGUUCAGGAUCCCUUCCGUAGAGAGCCGAGCAAAAGCCUUUGCCACCUGCUCCCCACAACUCAUUGUCACUAUUCUCUUCCUCACCACAGGACUCUUUGCUGCCUUGGGACCAAUUGCUGAAAUGUCAUCUAUUCAAGAUUUAGUGAUUGCUAUGGCAUAUACAAUUUUGCCCCCCUUCCUCAAUCCUAUCAUAUAUAGUCUUAGAAAUAAGGAGAUCAAAGCAUCUGUGUGGAGACUGUAUGAGAAGAUGUAUCUUCUGCAGAAUUAG